UCCUUCAGAAUGCCGGAGGGCCCAGAGCUGCACCUUGCCAGCUGUUUUGUGAAUGAGACGUGUAAAGGGCUCGUAUUUGGCGGGUGUGUGGAGAAGUCCUCUGUCAGCCGCAACCCUGAGGUGCCCUUUGAGAGCAGUGCCUACCAUAUCUCAGCCUUAGCCCGAGGCAAGGAGCUGUGCCUGACCUUGAGCCCCCUGCCUGGUGCCCAGCCCCCUCAGAAGCCACUGUCCCUUGUCUUCCGCUUUGGUAUGUCUGGAUCCUUCCAGCUGGCACCUGCAGAUGCCCUGCCGCCCCAUGCCCAUCUACGUUUUUACACGGCCCCACCUACCCCCCGGCUUGCCCUUUGUUUCGUGGACAUCCGACGCUUUGGCCACUGGGACCCUGGGGGUGAAUGGCAGCCAGGCCGUGGACCCUGUGUCUUGCUGGAGUAUGAACGGUUCAGGGACAACGUACUUCGGAACCUGUCAGACAAAGCCUUUGACCGGCCCAUCUGCGAGGCCUUGUUGGACCAGAGAUUCUUCAAUGGCAUUGGCAAUUAUCUUCGGGCAGAGAUCUUGUACCGGCUGAAGAUCCCCCCUUUCGAGAAGGCCCGGACAGUUCUAGAGGCCGUGCAGCAGUCCCGGCUGAGCCCAGAGCUGACCCUGAGCCAGAAGAUCAAGGUCAAACUGCAGAACCCAGACCUGCUGGAACUGUGUCACUUGGUGCCCAAGGAAGUGGUUCAGCUGGGGGGCAAAGGCUAUGGGCCAGACCGUGGAGAGGAGGAUUUUGCUGCCUUUCGAGCCUGGCUGCAGUGCUAUGGCGUGCCAGGCAUGAGUUCCCUGCGAGACCGGCAUGGCCGUACCAUCUGGUUCCAGGGUGAUCCCGGACCCUUGGCACCCAAAGGGGGCAGGUCCCGAAAAAAAAAGCCACGGGAGACACAGCCGGGGGCUGGAGACACAGAAGAGGACCAUCCGCUCUCAGGCAAGUCCAUUUCCAGGACUCGGAGGGCCAGGAAACACCCUCCUAAGAGUAUAGCUCAACAGUCUGAAGGGAGCAGCCUCCAACGAAACCGGGAAACCCCCACAGCCCCCAAGAAAGGAAAGAGAAGGGGGCGACCGGAAACCACAGGUGGCCGCAGACCCAGGAAGAGCAAGGCUGAUACCUGACCCCGGGAGGCUGGGGGAACUUCAGCCUCCUAG